UUUAAAUGCAAAUCAAAAGCUCGUUGGAAGGAAGAAAGCAUUUAAAAGUUCUUGCUAAAAAUUUUAGCGUUGUAAUUCGAAACUAACAGAACAAAAACUCGAUGUAAUAUGACCUACACUGUUGAUUGCGAAUGGCUACCGGCUAAUCAUUUCUUCUUUCACUGUGCCAACUUUUGUUUACUGUUAUCAUAUGCAUGUCCGCCGACCUUUAAUGGAUUGAUAUACUUGCGAAUUUCUCUGGGUUUUGCCAGUUUGUUUUUUGCUUUGUGGGGAUGGAUAAUAUUGUGUUCUCUAGAUACUUUUCUCUGGAACUUUAUCUUCUUCAUAGGAAAUUUUCUACAUUUAUUUUACGUAUUUUACUGUCGCCGGACUAAAAAGUUUAGCGCUGAAAUGGAACUUGUUUAUGCGAACAUAUUUCAACCUGUGAACACUUUACGGCAUCAAUUUCAAUAUUUAACGAAAGAUUUUGAAACGAAAGUAUUGGAAGCAGAUGAGAUUUUGGCUUCCGAAGGAGUUACUCAGUUAGAUAAUUUGUGGAUACUUUUGAAAGGAAAGUUAAAUGUACUUCAACAUGACAAAGUACUUUACACAAUUGAAGAUUGUGAAUUUAUAAAUUCGCCUGAGUGGAUUAUUGCAAAGGAAAAAUCGUAUAUUUACAAGGUUACAUUUCAAGCAAAAACAGAUUGCAAAAUCAUCUCGUGGAAUCAAAUCCAAGUGUUAAAAAUCUUCAAGAAGAAUAGUUACUUGAAAGCAAUUGUUGAUUCAGUUUUGAGCCAAGAUGUUGCAAAAAAACUAUUUGAAUCAAGUCAUAUCGUAGAUCAGUCUGAUAAUGGACCUACACAAUCUUUGUACAGUAAAAAUGCAUUAUUUUCGUUAGAAAAAGAUGAAGUAAAGACAACCAUUGCUGGCAUUAACACAGUUACGAAUAUCGUCUAUCCGAGCCUUGAUAAUUUAUCAGAUGAAGAAGAAACUUGUAAUGAUUUAGAAACCAAAUUAUUGAGCAAUAAUUUUAAUAACAAGGAUAUUGACACAAGGUUAUAACUCAAUAUCAGUAUUUUCAGGCAUUCCUUUUUACAAAACAAGUGAAGUUAUCAAUGUUAUGCAAGUAUUGGAUAUUUUUGCAAUGGACUUACAUGAAAGAGGAUUUUUGCAAUUGCAUUCACAUUUAAUUCCUCAAUCACUUUAAUCAAGUAAAUAUUUCCAUAUAAUUGUUUGGGCCAUUCUCCGACAUUAAGAAAUUAAGAGUAUGUAUGUAAUGUAUGGUAUUCAUUUGAUAUUUUCUAACAUAUUUGUGAUAAUUGUAAUGUUAAUUUGUUGAACAAUUUUAAUAAUAAAAAAAUUACUUAUCUAA